AUGACAGUAGGACGUGCACCUCGGCAAUACCCUCCAGCAGAUGGCGUGAAAACAGCCAUUGUCACCGGAGGGUCAAGUGGAAUAGGACGUGCGACCGCGAUAGCGCUCGCGCAGACGGGAUGGAACGUGGCCAUUUCGGGACGCAGAAGCGACCAGCUUGAACAGUCUCGCAGGGCUAUGGUGGAGGCAGCAGCCCAUCACUCCAAGCCUGCACGGUUUCUUAUAUAUACUGGAAACAUGACAAGAGAGGAGGAUGUCAAGGAAUUGUUUCGAAGGACGAAGGAGCAGUUUGGUCAAGUUGAUCUUGUGUUCAUCAACGCAGGCAGGAGUGCCACUGCAGCACCGAUCCAACAGGCGCUGCUCCAAGAGUGGCAGGACGUUGUCGAUAUCAAUCUCACAGGCGCAUGGCUCUGUGCCAGAGAGGCUUUCCGAUACUUGGACGGCUCCCAAGGAGUGACAGGUGGAAGGAUCAUCAUGAACGGAAGCAUCAGCGCACAUGUGCCUCGACCUAUGUCAGCUGCUUACACUGCCACAAAGCAUGGGAUCAGCGGACUUAGCAAGAGUCUGUCGCUGGAUGGACGAAAGCAUGACAUCGCUGUGUCUCAGAUUGACAUUGGAAACGCUGCCUCUGACAUGACGCAGCACAUGGACGAGGGAGCGGGUGUGGUGCAGGCUGAUGGACAUCUGCGAUGCGAGCCGGUCUUUGACGUCACUCACGCCGCUCGAGAAGUUGUGCACAUUGCAUCUCUUCCCCUCACAGUCAACGUGCAAGAUGUAGUCAUCGUGGCGACAAACAUGCCCAGCUACAUCGGAAGAGGCUGA